CUAAACGUGCUACAGCCAGUCAGCGAUUCGCAUUCGACUCCGGAAUUGUCGAACGAGAACGUUUCGCGUUGAUAAAUAAAAUUCUUCUCAUUCGAUUUGGAUUUUCCUCGUUCGUGUGCGGUUUUCCUGUGAAAAUGCGGAUGUCGCGAUUCGAUCAAAUUUCGAUGGUCGUGUUCGUGUUUGAAUUUCAGUCGAGAUUUUCUCGUUGUGUUUCGACGUCGAAAGCGUGCUAGUGAAUAAUCCGCACUUCAGUAGGUAAACGUUCUACUUAUACGUACCUAGUUGUUUCAAUAUACGAUAAAAUAUAAUACUCGGUUUCAAAAUGGCGUUAUUUUCUAUCGUUUUUUACCAUAUUUUAUCGUCUUCGUGGUCGUGAAAAUACGAUAUUAACGUUAUAAUAUUAUGAAGGGUGUCAAAUAACACAACGGUUUUUUUUUUUGCUUCAAAACUCGACUCGAUUUAUUGCGUGAUAUUUUUUCACAAGUUUGCAUUCCGUGUACACAGUGUUUAUAUCAAACCGAAACAUCACGUAGCGAUUAGCGAAAUAGAAAAACCGUCAAGCCGAGGCCCAAAAUCAUCGAACUUGAACAUUUACCUAUACUUCAAAAUAAUUCCAUUUUACACGUAUCGUAACCUCAACAAAUCGCACCUGGAUAAGCCUAUAGUUUACUCAUCGAAGAUAAAUAACCGAGUUCACAGUUCGCAGUAAUCAACGUGUGUGUUUCGGGUCUUGCGUGCUUUUCGGCUUUUCGUCAUUACUUAAAUCUCGUAUUCGUGAAAGAAAAAAAAAAGAAAGAAAAAUGGUGCAUUUCGUCAGAUCAAUCGGGUCCAAUUUGCACAUCAACGAUGCCCAUCCGGAAGAGGGCAAGAAGCUCACUGGAGCGGGAAAAGAUUCCGAAUGUAAGCUGUAUAAAAUGAGAUGGGUUAUUUUGGGCAUCUUCAUGGUGUAUGCGGUAGCUGCUGGAAUGCAAUGGAUGCAGUAUUCGAUUAUUUGUAAUAUCGUCGUCAAAUAUUACCACGUUGAACGUUAUGUCGUCGAAUGGACCACCAUGCUUCAUAUGUUGGCCUACGUGCUGUGUAUUUUACCUGCAUUGUGGAUGCUGGAAAAAGCGGGAAACAGAAUAACCAUGCUGACAGCUGGAGCUGGUAUUUGUAUAGGAGCUUGGAUCAAAUUAUUCGCCGUCCAGCCGAAUCUGUUCCCUGUGGUAUUAGUAGGACAAGCUAUCGAAGCUGCGGCUCAAGUGUUGACUUUCGGAUUAGCCGGUAGUGUGACGGCUGCUUGGUUCGGUCCUAAUGAGAUUGCUUUAGCUGGAUCUAUGGCUUUGUUUGGAGAUCAAUUCGGAGUUGCUUUCGGAUUCAUUUUUCCUCCUCUACUGGUACACGAUAGCGCUAACGAAGAAGAAAUUGGCCAAGGAUUGAAUAAUUUGUGUUUAUUCAUCGCUAUAUUCACUUCUGUUAUUCUGAUCACCAUGUUGAUAUUUUUCAAAGACACUCCAGACAAGCCUCCCAGUAACGCUCAAAUCGUCCAAAAAGAAUGCAAAAAAGAUAGCUCUUCGGCACUCGAUGAUUUCUUGAAGAUGCUUUCGUCAAAAAGCUUCAUACUCAUGUUAUUAUCGUACGGAAUCCACAUCGGUAUAUUUUGUUCCCACGCCACCCUUUUGAAUCAAGUAUUCUUGGAGUAUUUCCCAGAAGACGUAAAACACGCCGGUAUCAUCGGCUCGCUGAUGGUAUUCUUCGGUCUAGUUGGAGCCAUAGCAGGAGGAUUAUAUUUAGAUUGGAAACACCUAUUCAAAGCUACGACACUUUUCUUAUACGUUUGCUCGACCAUUUGCUUGAUUCUAUAUGCGUUCGCGUUGACGUCAAAGAACCUAUACCUUGUCUAUGGCAUUGCAUGCUUUUUGGGGAUUUUCAUGCUCGGUUAUUACUCGGUUGGAUUACAAAUGGCUAUCGAAAUCGUCUACCCGCAUUCCGAAGGAACUGCAGCUGGUCUUAUGCUUCUAGCUGUGCAAAUUUUAAGCUUAUUUUUAACUCCGGCAUUGAGAACAAUCAUGGAAAGAUACGGAGCAUUGGUUGGAAACUACACUUUGAUCGUUUUGAUGUUUAUCGGAUUAAUUAUAACUAUUAAAAUACCUCCUCGUACCAGAAGACAAGACGCCGAAACAACAAUGAAAAAAGGCGAAACUGCUAAAUCGUAUAAGAUCAAUAUUGAAAGCUAGAUUUUCAGACUGUGUGUAAUUUUCACAUUAAUGGUACUUUUUUUUUACUUACUUGCUGAUUUUAUUUCUCAUGAUAUAUUUUUUUUUUAAUUUGGAAAUUGUUGCAUCGUGUAUCGAACAUCCUAUUUGGAGUAUUCGAUAUAUUGUAAAAGUACAGUCGAGAACUGUAGCCCAUUAUUUAUUCGUUUUCUCUAGUAGAUACCUAUAUCUAUGUAUGUGUAUUUAAGUGAACCACAUUUUCGUUGUUUUAUAAGAAUUAAGUUAUUCUUUCCAUUAUUAUUCCAACACUUCGUACGUUAAACAUGUACGAAGAAUCCCUAUAUAGGUAACGAUACAUUUAGAGUGUAAUAAUUUUUUUGGGGAAAUAAUGUUUUAUGCUCGGUAAAGAAAAAAAUGUUGAAAUACGUGUUGAAAAUUAUAUCCAAAUUGACUUCACUUUCGGUUUUAAUUAUUUCAUUGAUACAAUUUAUGCGUAAACGAGCUAAACAUAUUUUUGUCAGCUCCAUUUCCUUUUUUAGUUAAGCCUUAAUCGUUCGUCCCAUAUAUGUAAAGUAGUGAUCCGUCUAGGUAUCUACGUUGAAACAAUAAAAUUUACGUUUAGUUCGUUCGAGUAAAUAAUUUUCUAGUAAAAUUAAUAAAAAUAUAAAAGUUUUCCAAUGAAUUUUCCAAUGGAGUAAGUAGAGCAGAUCUGAUAAUUAUUGUAUCGAGCUUAAUAUAUUGCAUGCGGGGCAUGUUGAAAAUUAGCUGUCAAAAUUCUCCAAUAGUUUCUUUCGAAAUCAAAAUUAUUAUUGAAACCGUACAAUUUCCUUUUUUUUUUAUAGGUUGGGGAAUUUUUUUAUUUGACCAAAACCCCCCUACCAUCUAUUUUUAUUGAUGUUUUGAACUGUGAUUCGUAAUUGUAUUUCUUUUUCUUAUCUCUGUGUAAUUAUUGUAUGGAAAAUAAGCAAUGAGUAUUAUUUUGAUAAGGUUUUUUUUCAUUUUUAAAUUAUUUUUUUUCUCUUUUUUCAUCGUAAUUUGUUUUAAAAUGUCAUACGUAUAUGUUAUUUUUUGUUUUAAUGAAUAUUUAUUAUUGAAAUUAUUCUAUCGUAUAUUAUACGAUGAAGCGAAUAUGUGAUUACUUAAAUUUCUUUUUUUGUACUUUUUAUUUUAUAAAUGGAAAUUAUUUUAAAUGAGA